GUUUGUUUGCCAAGUUUUUUUUUUUUUGUUUACCAAUGGGAAAGUUUUAGGCAGUGAGAGAGAUUUGAAAACCAACUACUGCAUUGAACAGUCACAUUUUUUAACCUUUAGUUGUUCAUCUAAAUGUCGAAACCCAUCACGAUCAAACAGGUGGUGAAUUUCCCUGUGUAUGCUUUAGACUUUACAGCAGACAAUGUGCUUAUUGCUGGAGGAGGAGAUGGUUACAACAAAUCUGGCGUUAAGAACCAUUUGGUUUCUUUCAAGGUGAAUACGGACACACAAGAGCUGACAAAAGUAGAUUCUUUAUUACUAUCGGAAAAAGAAGAUUGCCCCAUGUCUGUUGCAUGUCAUCCUACCCGACCCAUAUUGGCAGCGGGUAUCAAUAGUAUGGCGACAAUUAUUGAAGGAGGUCAAAACCAAAAUUGUAGGAUAUUUCAUACAGACGACGGCAAGCUGGAAAUAGAUACCACGUUUUCGACCAGUACCUGUAGAAACACCGAAGAAUAUCAGAAAGUAACCCGGUUUAGUCGUUCAGGUAAUUAUUUAGUUACGGGAUUCAGUGACGGUAAAGUCUCAGUCUUGAAUACAACAAAUUGGAAGCUUGUAUUCCCACCCGUGCGGUUUAAGGGUCUUCAGGAUGCGGAUUUUGAUCAGGAAGAGCAACAUGUGGCUGUCGCAACCUCAACUGCCUUAAUUAUUCUUGACAUGGCGGAUGGCACGCUUGUUCAAGUGAUCGAUAGUCCCAAACUCAAUAAAACCACUCACUGUGAAAUUAGAGCCUGUCGUUUUGCCUCCUUUAAAAAUGAACAAACUCUCUAUGCCAUUGUCAAUCCCACCUCCAGAGGUCGCGGCUUUAUCUGUGCCUGGAAAACAAGGAAAGGAAAAUUUUACGUCACUAAAUCUAAAACCAAGGGUAUCAGCAAAACUUCCAUCACAUCCUUUGCUGUCAGUCCCGCAGGAAAUCUUUUAGCCUAUGCUGCCACGGAUCUUAGCAUUGGCCUAAUUGAUGCGCAGCAAUUAAAAGUGAGCAAUUAAAAGUCCGUCAUUAUGCAAAAAAAAAAAAAAACUGUAGCUAAAAAAAAAAAAAAAAUUGUGUGUUUAGCCCUUGUUAAAAGUCCAGAAAGC